AUGGCCAACAUCGUCCAGGUCCUGCAUACCGUCAAGGAAGUCCGCGAAUGGCAUGCGGCUCAGCGCCAGGCCAACAAGACGAUCGGCUUUGUGGCCACCAUGGGCGCCCUGCACAGCGGGCACCUGAACCUGGUCCAGCAAGCAUCGUGCGAAUCCGGCUCGGUAAUCGUCAGCAUCUUUGUGAACCCCGCACAAUUCGCGCCGCACGAGGACCUGGAUCAGUACCCGCGCACGCUCGACGCUGACGUGGCAAAGUUGACAGAGUUUGCCCAGACCGCCGCAGGCCAGGCGUUUGCUGUGUUUGCUCCAUCCGUCAGCGAGAUGUACCCGCGCGGAAUCACCACCCACCGUGACCAGCAAAAGGGCACGUUCGUCGAGGUGCUUGGACUCAGCGAGAUGCUGGAGGGCGGCACGCGCCCGCAUUUCUUCCGCGGCGUAGCCACGGUUGUCAGCAGGCUGUUCCAUAUCACCAUGCCCGAUAAGGCGUUCUUUGGCCAGAAGGACGUGCAGCAGUGCUGUGUGCUGCGCGCUAUGGUGCGCGAUCUGCAUUUCCCUGUCGAGCUGCGUAUCGGCGCGACUGUGCGUGACCCCACUGAUGGCCUGGCAUUGAGCAGCCGCAAUGUCUAUCUGACGGAGGACCAGCGCAAGAGAGCCCCGGCUUUUUAUCGCGGACUGUGCAAAGCCAAGGCACUGUUCGAGUCUGGCGUGUUGGAUCGCGAUGAGCUUGUUGGUGCUGUCAUCAAGGAGGCUGCCACGCAGGAUCUUGAGAUUGAGUACAUCAGCCUCAGCGACCCAGAUACCCUGGAGGAGGUCGACAGUGUCACUAGCUCAGGUGCUAUCCUUUCGGGCGCCUGGAGAAUGGGCACCACCCGCCUCAUUGACAACAUGCUCAUCGGCUUCGAAUUCUAGACGCAAUAAAUGCCAUUCUGCAUGUGACUACUGUCCCCAGUACAUUGCAUGCUUGAGUCGGUAGACACUGGCAUAAGGCUUUGUGCCAAGCACUAAACCCCGAGCCAGGUGUGCGAUGAUGGACGAUCUGGCGCUGAUUCGCAUUACGAUACUCAGCCUUGGGUCUUUGAGGCGCACAAUGGCCACUUGCCCCCUGGCGCAUCGCUUUCAUCAUACUGUUGUGGUAUGGUGCUGGAGAUGAUAAAAGGCUGGCACUUGGCAUCCGUCAUCUUCUCUCUCUCUGUUCUCGCUGAAUAAAAACUUUCAAACCAC